GGAUGGAAUGAAAGCAUUCACUUUCAAAGAACUGGCAGUUGAUACUAAGUACUGCCAAUUUUAACUGCUAAAUUAAGGCUGUCCAGGGAGAUAAUGGGAAGGUUUUAAACAAGUAUGGGCAUGCACUAACCCAAAAAUCCUUACACCAGGUGCUGUGUUUCUGGAGCUAUUGAUGGGGUUGCAACUAUAUCACAAAGUAUGAAUAUUACAAGUUUGAGAUGGGGAUAUACCUGAGCGCUCCAAAAACUGAGAAGGCCUCUGAAGAUGGUGAGAAUGGCAUGCUUCGCUUCGGUUUGUCUUCGAUGCAGGGCUGGCGUGCUUCUAUGGAAGAUGCUCAUGCAGCUCAUCCGUAUUUGGACGAGUCUACGUCUUACUUUGGUGUUUAUGAUGGCCAUGGAGGUAAAGCUGUUUCAAAAUUCUGUGCCAAGUUUCUACACCAGCAGGUGCUUAGGCAUGAAGCUUACUUAGCUGGAGAUAUAGCCACAUCAUUACAGAAAUCUUUCCUCAGAAUGGAUGAGAUGAUGCGUGGCCAAAGAGGCUGGAGAGAAUUAGCAGUCUUGGGAGAUAAAAUGGAAAAGUUGUCUGGUAUGCUAGAGGGGUUCAUAUGGUCUCCCAGGAGUAGUGAAGCCAAUGACCGCGUCGAUGAGUGGGCCAUUGAGGAGGGACCCCAUUCUGAUUUCAGUGCGCCAAACUCUGGAAGCACAGCGUGUGUGGCUGUCAUCCGAGGAAAGAAACUUUUUGUUGCAAAUGCUGGUGAUUCUAGAUGUGUGUUAUCAAGGAAAGGCCAGUUAUAUUCGCUGGCACACAACUUGUCUAAGGAUCACAAGCCUGAUCUUGAACUUGAGAAAGACAGGAUUCUGAAAGCUGGUGGUUUCAUCCAAGUUGGACGAGUCAAUGGAAGUUUGAACUUGGCUAGAGCAAUUGGUGAUAUGGAGUUCAAGCAGAACAAGUAUUUGCCUGCUGAAAAGCAGGUUGUGACUGCUGAUCCGGACGUAACUUCAGUUGAGCUUUGCGAUGAUGAUGAAUUUCUUGUGAUAGCAUGUGAUGGGAUAUGGGAUUGCAUGUCCAGCCAACAACUUGUGGACUAUAUACAUGGCCAGUUAAAGACAGAGGAUAAACUUUCUGCGGUUUGUGAGAAAGUAUUUGAUAGGUGCUUGGCACCAACAGCUGGUGGUGAGGGAUGCGAUAACAUGACCAUGAUCUUGAUUCAGUUAAAAAAUCCCUCCACUUCAGAUGCUUCUGCAAUAGACCAACCUCAGCCAUCUGCUCAACCAACUACUAGUCAUCCAGCUUCAGAUGCAUCUGCUCAUCCGUCCGAAGCCGACAGAAGUUAGAGAAAGCUGAAUUGAAGCAGCGAAUUUCUGAUUCGAGCAGAUGGCCAUCAAUUUCUGACUGCAUGUUGAAGCAUUGGUAAGGGGAGGUUCACGUGUACUAGUUUAUAUCCAGAUUCAGGACGUUAAUCCUCAGUAGAGGAUUGUAAAUUUGUGACAAACUGCUACUAGUUCAUGGGGGUCAUUGAUUUUUGUACAUAAGCGUGGGUUACUAGAAUAUGUUGGGUAAAAAAUGUUCUGACAAGAAUAUACUGGCGUCACAUAGUUACAUGGAUGUUUAAAAUGUAUCUUUUUGGAAUCACACCAAUGACAAUUUGAUUGUCAACAGGAAGAGCGUUUAAUACAUGCCUGAAUUCUGGAAUCACACGAUCUGAGAAGUUUUUUAA